CUCGAACCAAACGGUAUGGGGAGGGAAAACAACAGACAACGGACCAGCUGACCAACAAGCAAGCAAGCGCGCACAGCACUGCUCCUCCAGGAGACCACGACUGGCAACUCGGGUCCUUCGCCUCGCCGAAAGCUCCGAAACUCUUCCUCUGUCCGCUUCUCGCUCUCCUCUGCCCUCUCUGGUCCGCGCCGUUUCGUUUGCCACUUUGCCGUGACGAGGAUACUCUCUGCCAAAAGCCACCAGGCAAGUUUCCCUGUAACCAGUCACCGCUAAUCCUCUAUAUAGCUUUGUUUUUCAGAGAAGAAAAAACUCUACCCUUUCUUCUCGCCCGAGUUCCUUGUUCUUGUUUGUUUGCCGCUCUUCUGUUCUUGGGACCAGCAAAGUGCGCGGAAGUAGAUAGAUUAGCGUAAAUAACCUCUGAGCUCCGGGAAAGGACGUGAGCGAGAGAGUGCGAGGGUGUGUCGUGUGCGUGGGAGAGAGAGAGAGAGAAAGAGAAGGGGAGGGGAGGACCGGACCGGAGGAGGAAGAGGAGAGAUAAAAGAAGAGGACGUGUGUUGCCCCCCAUUAAAAAGCACACACGCCGCUGAAGCUCUCUCCUAUCACAACUGCUCCCUCCGCCGCCCUUCUCUCUUGGUCUUGGGCAGUGGAAGAUUAGGAGUUGAGCUCACGGCGAGCGAGAAUCCAUCUGAUUCCCACCCGCAUUCCGCGUUCCCUGGCGGCGGGCGGGAGGCGGGUCUUGAUGCCAGAGAUGCUCGCUCCGCGUCGCUCUCGGCGGCAGCGGCGGCGGGUAGGCGGAGGCAGAGAGCGCCGUGGUGACUGGUGAGAAGAAAACAAAGCCCUGCUUGCUUCAGAGUGUCGGUGGUGUUGGUGUCCCCUUUCCUCCGCACAAUUGUUGUUCUAGCCCUCCAGUUCUCGGCGGCGGCAAUGGUGCCGGGUCUGGGCCUGGCCUACUCGUGGGGGAGGGAUGCCCGGCGGGGCACGCCGGUGGUGGUGACCAUGGAGAACCCCAACUACUCGGUGGUGGAGAUUGACGGGCCCGAGGCGGAGGCGCUCCAGGCCGGCGUGCCUGUGCCUCCUCCCACGGACAAAGGCCGGGGCCGGAGCGCCAAGCAGUUCACCUGGGUGUUGCUCCUCCGCGCGCACCGUGCCGCUGGGUGCCUCGCGUCGCUCGCAGCCGUCACCUGGGCGCUGCCGUCUGCCGUCGCCAAGCGCUUCCGGCGGGCCGCCGCCGCCGAGGGCCUCGGCCACGGCCGGGGUUGGCUGCUCUACAGGUUCAUCAAGGCCCUCUUGGCGCUCUCUAUGCUCGCCCUCACCGUCGAGCUGGCGGCCUACUGGAACGGGUGGCACUUUCAGAGGCCGAAUUUGACCGUGCCGGAAUUGCAUGUGCUGGAGGUGGAGGACAUUCAGGGGUGGCUGCACACGGCCUACCUCGCGUGGAUGUCAUUCCGAGCAGACUACAUCCGACGGCCGAUCGAGUUCUUGUCCAAAGUCUGCAUCUUGCUGUUUGUUGUCCAGUCGUUGGAUCGCCUCGCCUUGUGCAUCGGUUGCUUCUGGAUUAAGCUCAGGAAAAUCAAGCCGAGGAUUGAAGGGGACCCAUUCCGGGAGGGUUCAGGGUAUCUGCACCCAAUGGUGCUUGUUCAGAUUCCUAUGUGCAAUGAGAAGGAGGUAUAUGAGCAGUCGAUUUCAGCCGUCUGCCAGCUAGAUUGGCCUAGGGAUAAAUUUCUAAUCCAGGUGCUUGAUGAUUCGAGCGACGAGAGCAUUCAAAUGUUGAUCAAAGCAGAAGUUUCUAAGUGGAACCAGCUGGGUGUGAACAUUAUCUAUCGGCAUCGGGUGCUGAGGACUGGGUAUAAAGCUGGGAACCUCAAUUCUGCAAUGAGCUAUGACUAUGUCAAGAAUUUUGAAUUCGUUGCCAUUUUUGACGCGGACUUCCAACCAAGCCCUGAUUUUCUCAAGAAAACAAUUCCACAUUUUGAGGGGAACCCUGAGGUUGGACUAGUUCAAGCCCGAUGGAGCUUUGUGAACAAGGAUGAGAACCUCUUGACCCGCCUUCAGAAUAUCAACCUUUGCUUCCACUUUGAAGUGGAGCAGCAGGUCAAUGGGGUCUUCUUGAACUUCUUUGGGUUCAAUGGAACUGCUGGAGUUUGGAGGAUCCAAGCUUUGGAAGAAUCAGGAGGCUGGCUUGAGCGGACAACCGUGGAGGAUAUGGAUAUUGCUGUUCGCGCACACCUGAAUGGAUGGAAGUUCAUCUUCCUGAAUGAUGUAAAGGUCUUGUGUGAAGUUCCAGAAUCUUAUGAAGCAUAUCGGAAACAGCAACACCGGUGGCAUUCUGGCCCAAUGCACCUUUUCCGGCUGUGCCUUCCGGACAUAAUUACUGCCAAGAUCUCCUCAUGGAAGAAGGCAAAUUUAAUACUAUUGUUCUUUCUUUUGAGGAAGUUGAUACUUCCUUUCUAUUCUUUCACAUUAUUUUGUGUCAUUCUUCCACUAACCAUGUUCGUUCCCGAGGCCGAGUUGCCUGUGUGGGUCAUCUGUUAUGUGCCGGUUUUCAUGUCCUUCUUGAAUAUUCUGCCAUCCCCAAGAUCAUUUCCCUUCAUUGUACCAUACCUCCUCUUCGAGAACACCAUGUCAGUGACCAAGUUCAACGCAAUGGUGUCUGGGUUGUUCAAACUUGGGAGCUCUUACGAAUGGGUUGUCACUAAGAAAUCUGGUCGAUCAUCUGAAUUGGAUCUCUUGACAUCGUCAGAAAAGAAUAGGAAGUGCAUCACACUUCCUCAGCUCCAGAAGCAAUUGCCUGAAAAGAAUGAAUUGAUCGAGAUCAACGUGCCUAAGGAACAGCAUGAGAAGGUGCCACAUGAUGCCAAAAAGGCUAACAAAAUCUACAAGAAGGAGCUUGCUCUUUCUCUGCUCCUACUGACUGCUGCGACUCGGAGCCUCUUGUCUGCUCAAGGGAUUCAUUUCUACUUCCUUCUGUUCCAGGGGGUGUCAUUCCUUGUCGUUGGCCUUGAUCUAAUUGGUGAACAGAUAAGUUGAUUUCUUGCAUGCUAUUGUUCAGACAGCAUGGAAAUCACACAUAUGUUCAUACAUACAGUGAUAUUCAAAGUUCUAAACUUCUCGUUCUUGGUUAGAAUUUUGCUUCAGAAUUGCAACCCUGCUCAGCAACAAAGGGGAGUGGAAUUGGUUCAGCAGUUCAGUUUAGAUUCAGGGUACAAACCCGGAAAGCCCAACAGUACGUAAUAAACUGAAUAGUAGAUAGCUCUUGUUCAUCUGUACACUGUCAGUAAUUUUUUCCCCGAUUCUGUCAGUAAGUGUAACAUCAGUGUUCAUAUGUAGAGUUCCAUUCUGCCGUUGUUCUUUGAAUUCAUAAACACUGAAAACGUGCACCGUGUUCAUUUGUAAAUCGUGAUACGCGAAAUUGGUUCCAGAGAAGAUAAACUGUGAACAUGCACAAAUUCUGUUUGAUA